CACCACCCACCGUGUUAUACCCAUAGAUAGGUUAUACCCAUAGAAAACCAUAACCAUAUAUGUACGUGUAUGAAGUUAUCUAUGGUUAUACCCUUGGUCCCUAGAAUCUCUAGUCCCGUCUCAAACCCUUUCCAAGUCAAUCCCGUCGUUCCCGGUUCCACUCAUCCAGCUUGGUGCCUUUUACAUAGGAUGGAGCGCUCAUGUCAUCCAUGGGAAAGGGAUUCAUCUCUGAUCAGUUCAUCUUGAGGUCAGUCACCAAGUGGAAGCAUCCAUCAUGUUGGCCAGUCUCCAGCAAAAAGGCCAGGAAAAAGUGCUCCUGGCCCAAUACUAUCCCUUGUUACGCCGUGUCACUUCGGCCGAGGGCACGCCCCAGGAUUUACCCGCCUACGCCUUCCAAGAGCUGAUUCAACUCAGCUACCAAUCACCUCCCGUGGCUCAGGCCUUGGCGAGCUAUUUGGCGGUCGAAGCCUUACGCCAAAAGGCCACGCUAGGUCGGCUCAAGACCUUGAAGGUCUUGGAUCAGUUAACGCGUCAUGGGUCCAAGUAUUUCCGGCGAGCCUUGCGCUUAUUGGAUGAGCAUUUGAGAGCCGCCUCGCAGUACUCGGUGACGGCCCACGCCGUCACGGGUUCGAGUUGGGAUGAGGCCGUGCGAGCUCUAGCCCGUGAUAUCCGCUUGUUUCUGUUUGAGGAGGCCUUGAUUAACUCUGAUGAAGUUGAAGGCCACGAGGAGCCGUUACAAGCCGUGCCGAGUUUGGGCGGUUUGGGAUCCUCCGGACAUCGCGGCAAAUAUGAAGGCUUUGGCCACGCUCCUUUGGCUUCAGAAAAUCUCGGUCAUCGGAUUUUGAAUACACUUGAAAAUGCCUUGACCAGUCCGGAUGAGCGGGCUGAGGUCAUGGCCAUGUGUUUGAAGUCCGAUCCUGGCGGAUACACGCCCGUUUCGCUCACCACGUCCCUUUCCUCCGAAUCUGACCCGCCCCAACGCCAAGUCUUGGGCCUCGUGACUCCCGUGCGGACCCAUAUACCUGGACGAGCCGGGGGUGGUUGGGAAUCAUCCGAUGAGGAUGAAGUUUUGGCCGAGAAACAUCAAUUAAAGCAAAUGGCCGCUCUUAAGAUUGAUUCCUCCGAGGAUCUACGCCCUGAUUCAGAUACUGGGUCUGAUAGCGCUAAUAUGAAGGACGAAACCCCAAGUGUGGAAGAAGCCGUGGAAGCCCGACCAGAUGAAACGGCGGAAUCGAUGAUUUUGGGCGAAUUUUUGGACGCUCCCGGGUUUCCAAAAGCAUCUGACAUUCGCCCAGCAUUUCAAAGGUUGAGUGAAUUGAACAACAUCAGUGUGAUCUACCUUAUCAAGAAGAACUUGAGCGAAAUGCCCUCCUCGGAGUUUAGCCACAUUCGAGCUCUCCUACUCCUCGAGCAUUAUCUACGAUCCGAACUGGUUCAUAUUGAAGUGUACCAUCAGAACAUCUUACCCAUCCUUCAAACCUUGAGCCAAGAUGACAACCACUUGCGGACCCAAGUGACGGUCAAAGCUAAAAAGUUGUGCCUUUUUAUUGCGCGUCUAAAAUCUUUACGGAAACAGGCAACGCAUUCAUAGUGUUUAUGCAAACUCAUAUUAAAAGUAUAAUAGUAACCCGGA